AUGCCAACACCGUUGGAGCAGGCUGAUAGCAACGGACAGGAUGGGCACGAUGCCCACACGCCAUCAGUUCAAGACCAAGGGCAAGAUGACCACCGUGGACAUACCGCCAGGACGCCCAGCAUGACGGCGCUGGCCAUGACCGAGUACAGCGCCAAUCCCUUAACCCUCUCCUCCUCCUCACCCUCUAGUCGCGUCCGCAAGAUUGUACCCGCCGAAUUUAUCCUCCCUAGCGGUCAUCCUGACUACCUGCGCCUUAUCCUGACUUCGAGAGUCUACGAGGUCUGCACCGAGACCUCCCUCACCCCGGCCGUCAACCUUAGCAACCGCCUUGAGUGCAAUGUCCUGCUCAAGCGUGAGGAUGAACAGCCCGUCUUCAGCUUCAAGCUGCGCGGCGCGUACAACAAGAUGGCCCAUCUCGAGCCCAACGAGAGCUGGCGUGGCGUUGUUUGCUGUAGUGCCGGCAACCACGCCCAGGGCGUCGCAUACUCGGCCCGCAAGCUCAAGAUUCCCGCCACUAUCAUCAUGCCUGAGGGCACCCCGAGCAUCAAGCACCUCAAUGUUUCUCGCUUGGGUGGCCAUGUCGUCCUGCACGGGGCCGACUUUGAUGCUGCCAAGGAGGAGUGCGCGCGCAGGGAGCAGCAGGACGGCCUGAUCAAUAUCCCACCGUUCGACGACCCCUAUGUCAUUGCCGGUCAGGGCACCAUCGGCCUUGAGCUCCUACGCCAGACCAACAUACAGAAGCUCGAGGCCGUCUUCUGUUGUGUCGGCGGUGGCGGCCUGCUCGCAGGCGUAGGCGUCUAUGUGAAGCGUAUUGCCCCUCACGUCAAGGUCAUUGGUGUCGAGACCCAUGACGCCAAUGCUCUGGCACAGUCCCUCGCCAAGGGUGAGCGCGUCGUUCUUCAGGAGGUCGGUCUGUUCGCCGAUGGUGCCGCCGUCAAACAGGUGGGUGAGGAGACCUUUCGCAUCUGUCAGGAGGUGGUCGACGAGAUCAUCCAAGUCUCGACGGACGAGACCUGCGCUGCCAUCAAGGACGUCUUUGAGGAUACGCGCUCCAUCGUCGAGCCCGCUGGGGCCUUGGCAGUAGCUGGUCUGAAGAAGUGGGUGGCUGCACACCCUUCCUCUGAUCCAAACCGGUCUCUUGUCGCCAUCACGAGUGGCGCAAACAUGAACUUUGACCGCCUUCGUUUUGUCGCCGAGCGCGCCGAUGUGGGUGCUGGGAAGGAGGUCCUCCUGGCCUGCUACAUCCCCGAGCGACCUGGGUCUUUUGCCAAACUCAUCAGUGCCAUCCUCCCUCACGCUGUCACCGAAUUCAGCUAUCGGUAUACUGCCUCCUCGGGCGCGAAUGUGCUCCUUGGCCUGAGUCUUAUGGCAGCGGCAUCGCAGCGCUCAUCCGAGCUGCAGGGUCUGAUGCACCGCAUUGACUCCAUAAGCAGCGAUGAGAACGGGCAGUUUUCGGUCACGGAUCUCUCUGGUGACGAAUUGGCCAAGAGCCACAUCCGCUAUCUGGUUGGCGGUACAUCCAGCGUGCCCAACGAGCGUCUAUACAUGUUCAACUUCCCCGAGAGACCCGGCGCGCUCGACAAAUUCUUGAACACAUUGCGGCCGGAGCACAACAUCAGCUUGUUCCAGUACCGCAACUCUGGUGGGGAUACCGCCAAGAUUCUUGCCGGCAUCCUGUGCCCCGAGCAUGAGGUCAAAGAUCUUGAGCAGUAUCUCGGUAAACUGGGUUAUUCAUGGAUAGAUUGCACCGACUCGCCCGUCUUCAAGACAUUCCUACGCAGCAAGCCAGAUUCCCCAUCUUGA